CUCAGACCCCAUCUUGAAAGCUCUAAAACAGAAAAUUUUCUGUUUAAUUUUCAGUUUUGCUAAAGUUAUUAUCGUCGUCAUUCCGAGUCAUGGCACGUUUGGCACCAGAUGGAGCUCAAUUUGAUGCCCGUCAAUAUGAUUCUAAGAUGAACGAUUUACUUGCCGCUGAUGGAAAAGAUUUCUUUACAUCAUAUGACGAAGUUUAUGACAGUUUUGAUGCUAUGAGUCUGCAAGAGAACCUUCUCAGGGGCAUUUAUGCCUAUGGUUUUGAGAAACCUUCUGCAAUUCAGCAAAGAGGUAUAGUUCCAUUUUGCAAGGGGCUUGACGUAAUUCAGCAGGCUCAAUCUGGCACAGGAAAGACAGCUACUUUUUGUUCUGGAAUUCUGCAACAGCUUGAUUAUGGUUUAGUUCAAUGCCAAGCAUUGGUGUUAGCACCUACUCGUGAACUUGCUCAACAGAUUGAGAAGGUGAUGCGAGCACUAGGUGACUACCUUGGGGUUAAGGUCCAUGCUUGCGUAGGUGGGACUAGUGUCAGGGAGGAUCAACGUAUUCUUGCGGCUGGUGUUCAUGUUGUUGUUGGCACCCCCGGACGUGUGUUUGACAUGUUGCGAAGACAGUCUCUCCGUCCUGAUUACCUCAGAAUGUUUGUGCUAGACGAGGCUGAUGAAAUGCUGUCACGUGGUUUUAAGGAUCAGAUAUAUGAUAUUUUUCAGAUGCUGCCUACCAAAGUUCAAGUCGGAGUGUUUUCUGCGACUAUGCCACCAGAAGCCCUUGACAUCACAAGAAAGUUCAUGAAUAAGCCCGUGAGAAUCUUGGUUAAACGCGAUGAAUUGACACUUGAGGGUAUCAAACAGUUCUAUGUUAAUGUUGAUAAGGAAGAGUGGAAGCUUGAGACACUGUGUGAUUUAUACGAGACUUUAGCGAUCACCCAGAGUGUCAUCUUUGUGAACACCAGGCGCAAGGUUGAUUGGUUAACAGACAAAAUGCGAAGCCGUGAUCACACAGUCUCAGCUACACAUGGAGAUAUGGACCAGAACACUAGGGACAUAAUCAUGCGCGAGUUUCGCUCUGGUUCUUCUCGUGUUCUUAUCACAACCGAUCUGUUGGCUCGUGGUAUUGAUGUACAACAAGUAUCACUUGUGAUCAACUAUGAUCUCCCGACUCAGCCGGAGAAUUAUCUCCAUCGUAUUGGAAGAAGUGGAAGGUUUGGAAGGAAAGGAGUUGCAAUCAACUUUGUGACAACAGAUGACGAAAGAAUGUUGUUCGAUAUUCAGAAGUUCUACAACGUGAUCAUCGAAGAACUCCCCUCAAAUGUUGCUGAUCUCCUCUGAAAAACUUAUGUUUGUGGCUGGAGCUUUAAGCAGAAAGAGUAAUUAGUGUCCACACCAUUCCAGCUUAUAGCAUAGAGUUAGUCUUUUAACUACCAUUAUUAUCUAGUGUCUAAGACAGAUCCGUGGCAUUAAUGCUGCUCCAAAUUUUGCAGUAGGUAAGGUCUUUUGUUUUCAUUUCCCAAUUCUUAAACUUCUUUGGCAUUUUGUUGUUUAUUUGAGUUCUUAAUUUUGUGUUCUUGCUUC